CCCUUACGAAAGACGGGCGCAGUCCCAACCGAGAUUUGAACAAGGGUCCCCCAUGGCCCAGUAAACAACUGAUUGGAAUCAGGAGAUCAGCUGUGAGGCCGCUACGAGUUGAGCUACAGCGACAUCCCACAAAACAACAGUGCAACAGAUAUGACCGCAUCGUCACAACCACGUCACCAAACAAACACGUCUUACGAUCACCAAACAAACACGCCGGGUCCGUCCGCGGCUCGACAUGUUGAGACUUCCUGUCUAAUUGUCGCAGAAGGUCAUCGACACACAUAAAUCACCAGGUCUGGAUCUGCAGACGAUGUGCUGAGCUAGGAGCAUGGCGCAGCAGAACGGAGAGACCUCCCUGACGAGGGAAGAGCUGACGGAGCUGCAGAUGGCCUUCCAAGAGUUUGACAAGGACGGGAACGGCAUGAUAGACCGCAGGGAGCUGCUCAACGUGAUGAGGUGCCUCGGACUCAACCCGUCCUCCAUGGAGGUUGUGGAGAUGCUCGCCUCGGUCGAUGAGGACGGUUCGGGCACGAUCGACUUCGAGGAGUUCGUGAUCCUGAUGACCACCAAGCUGCCGGGCGCCACGGACGUGAGUGACCCAAUCGAGACCCUGUACAGUUCGGAGAUCCUGCGGGAGGCGUUCCGGGUGUUUGAUAAGGACGGACUGGGGUACGUGCACGAGUCGGAGCUGCGCUACAACCUCACGCACCUCGGCCACAAGCUCAGCGACUCAGACGUGGACGAGCUGCUCAGGCACAUCGAUAUCGACAGCGACGGCCAGUUCAGCUACCAGGACGUCGUCACAAAGCUCUGCAUUCAGAGGAACUUCAACAAAAACAUCGACGCCAAGAGAAAGAAAAGCAGGAGCAAGACCAGCCUGAACCAGACCAGUCUGAGUAAGAGUAAAGAGACUCUGGUUUGAUUGACGGACAGCUGCAAUUCUUACCUUUCACUUCGUUCUUAUCUAUCUAUCUGUCGUACCUGUGUAUGGUUUGUAAGUAUGUUAUGUUUCAAACUAUUGGUGGAUAUCUUGAAUUUUACAGAAGAAAACUUUUGCUGAAAAUACGGUAUGAAUAUCUAAGCAGAAACUAGACAUACGUAAGCGGACUUUAUGGAGUAUUCUAUGCAGAUGAAAUAGGACUGCAUGAAGUAUGAAUAUAUGUAUUUUGUAUAUCUAAUUUCAUAAUUUACUGACAUUCUUUUUGAAAUUGUGAAUUACGAUGCAUUAUUUGGUGAUAAGCCUGAGGAUCAUUGGUCAAGAAAAUAAUAACUAAGUGUUCAAUCAUAUAUACAGUAGGAAAUGGUGGAAAUCCUAUAUUGUCUCUUUGCAUUACAUUGCUUGUUAAAGCAUUACUUAAUUGUUAAAUAAUUAAAGCAGGAAUUGAAAAAAAAUUAAGCAAGACUCUCUUUACACAGCCAAAAGUUACAUAGAUGUAUGAUAAUUCGCAUGAAGCCAAAUUUUUACUACUUAUUUUAAGAAAUACGUUCUGUUUCAAUCAAAACUUUGCGUAUUCACAUACAGCCUAUCGUUUCAAUUGUCCUGGAUAUGUGGUGUCGUUAUUUCCAAUUCUAGCUGGGGAUCGGAGAAAUCCUCGCAUAACAAACGGAAAUCGAAGAAGUUGUAAGAUGCAGAAUUCAUGUCAUAUUAGGCUCACACUUCCAAACCGGCGUCCCGCCCGACAAAUUGUGGGAAUGAAAAAAGAGGAUGUUAUGAAAGAGUGUCACAACUGGAUAUCUAACCAUGCAUACACCGUGGCUGUGUACGUACAGCUUCAUCUACUAUAGUACAUGUAUGCGAUCAUUGCCGCAUUGGUGAUUCUCGUGCAGCUGCAGCACGUCCUAUCGAGACAGCCU